UACCGCGGCCGCGCCUUUCCCGCGAUGGCGGCGCCCGAGCCGCCGCCGCCGCCGCCCGAGGGCUCCAGGCCGCUGAGCGCGCUGCUGAGCGGCAUCGCCCAGGCCGCCUUCCACGGCACCGCUGGCAUCACCGAGGAGCUGCUGCGCGCCCAGCUCUACCCCGAGGCUCCGCCGGAGGAGUUCCGCGCCCUGCGCGCCAAGAUGGGCGGCCUGCUGCAGUCAAUUGCUUCAGCAGACAUGGAUUUGAAUCAGCUGGAAGCUUUCCUCACUGCCCAAACCAAAAAACAAGGUGGCAUCACAUCAGAUCAGGCUGCAGUCAUUGCAAAGUUUUGGAAGAACCACCGGACUCAAAUCCACGAGAGCCUGAUCAGUCAGAGCCGCUGGGAUAAUGUCCUGAAAAACAUGAACUGGAGAGUGGACCUGAAGUCACAGUUGAGUCACAUUGAUCAGAUCAACACUCCUGUUGCAAUAGUUGAAAUGGAACUGGGAAAAAAUGGACAGGAAUCGGAGUUUCUCUACCUGGAGUUUGAUGAGGCCAAGGUGAGCCAGAUGGUGAAGAAACUGUCAGAAAUAGAGGAGAGUAUGACUUUGUUGACUCAGACUACUUAAUCAAAUAAAGAGAUUGCAGCUUACAAAAAAA